UUCACUUUUGCACGUUCGCACUAGUGUGCAAUAUAUUUCUAACACCAUAUCUGAAGAGGAUUAGCGGAAAAGACCUCAGAAACUUCCUUACUCUGGAAAUAAUGGCGGAUACGAUCUCCAGUGUUGUUGAUUUAAAUGUGGGCGGGGCCCACUUCACCACCACACUUUCCACGCUCACCAAAUACCCCGACAGAAUGUUGGCAGCCAUGUUUAGCGUACGUCACGUGAUCAACAAAGACAAAGAUGGCCGAUAUGUUAUCCACUGUGACGGCACAAUAUUUAAACAUAUCCUGGAGUUUCCUCGCUUCGGAACGCUCCCAUCUGGAGAAGUGGCUGUGGCCGUGCACAGGUAUUCGGAAUACUUUGGUCUUCAUGAGUUAUCGAAGAUUUUGUGUGAUAAUCAACAGGUCAAACUUGUCCUCCAUGUCAGGGACAUGCAACAACAUCUUUCUGAAUAUGUCAAACUAGUUCGAAGUGUUGUUGACAAUUUAAAUACCAAAGCACUGCAUAAGGAUACUACAGCGUUUAUUGUUAUUAAACAACAUCGACCAAAAAUGUAUCAUUAUGAUUGUUUUACAUAUUCUCGUGAUGUUUUACCGAAAUUCACGUUCCGAAAAAGGACUUUUGAAGUUUAUAUUUCAAAUACCUUUCUAGACUUCGAGUAUUUUGAAAACAUUCAGUUGGAUGCUAUAUUCUUCCUAACAGCAAACCACUUGCAAUCCCUAAGUUAUGGUUGUAAUGUUCUGUAUAGCAACGGUACGUAUAACGAUGAUAUCAGUUGCUUCUUGAUCUGCAAGGACCAUGUCCUCUCACUCAUCGAUACCUUCAUCAUGCAUACCAAAUUUAGGACGGAACCACAGUAAAAAGAUCGUCACAGUCGAAUAAUGAACUAGUUUGCAUUGCACACUUUACUCACGACGAGAUGGGCUGUCAAAACAUACUUAAAUCAUUACAAGAUGAUGUGUCAUUGCAAACUUUAAUCUUGACAAGAUUUUGUGUAAUUGCAAACCUUACUUAUGACAUGAUGUUUUGCCAUUGCAUACUUUACUCAAAACAUGAUGUUGUGUCAUUUCUUAUGACCAUUUAUUUUGUCGUUGCACACUCAUGCCAAGAUGUUGUGUGCUUGCAUACAUACUCAUGACAAGUUGUUACGUAAUUGCAUACUUUACGAAUUACAUGGUGUUGUGUCAUUACAAAUUGACUUAUGACAAGAUGUUGAGUCAUUUCAUUCUUUUUUUUAUGACAAGAUGAUUUUUCAUUACAAUUUGACUCAUAAUAAAAUGGUGUGUCAUUGAAAACAUAAUAUGUUCUGAUGAAAUUUUCUUUCUUUAUCAACCUAUUUAUUAGCUACAUGCUAUAGAUUGUUUAUUACUCAAUAAACUUACAUACGUUUGUGCACAGCGUCUCAACUAAGGCAGGUGUUUCCGUACCAUAUAGAAUACGCAUGCAUAUAAAUAUUUCAGAUACCAUUUAAUUUCCUUUUAGCUACAAAAUACACUCUGCAUAAUU